GAUUAUACCUUUAAUCCGACUGGAUGAACAUACAAAAGAUUGGAACAUCUUGUUUUUUGUCGUCAUUCUCUUUCGAAUUGAAACUAAAUGAAAAUUCAUGUAAAUGUGGAUAACAUUUUAGUUCUAGACAGUUUUGGUAGUGUGUCAAAUAAAUAAAGAACGGGGUAAGUGUUACACUACUGGUAAUUUACAUGUCGCAUUUUUGCUUUGUUUAAAAUCUAUAGGGUUUCGAAGGGCAAGAGCAUAACCCCAAAAUCCACCGACAUACUUUCCGUUGAUCAUGGCGGAGCACUUGGCUUCCAUCUUCGGCACGGAGAAGGACAGAGUCAAUUGUCCUUUCUACUUCAAAAUUGGUGCUUGCCGUCACGGUGACCGUUGCUCUCGCCUCCACACCAGACCUACCGUUUCUCCCACUCUCCUCCUCUCCAACAUGUACCACCGUCCCGACAUGAUCACCCCUGGCGUCGAACCCCAAGGCCAGCCUCUCGAUCCCCGUAAGAUCCAGGAACACUUCGAGGAUUUCUACGAGGAUAUUUUUGAGGAGCUCAGCAAGUUCGGUGAGAUCGAGAACGUCAAUGUCUGCGAUAAUCUCGCCGAUCACAUGAUCGGAAAUGUUUAUGUUCAAUUUAAAGAGGAGGAUCAGGCAGCUGCCACUUUGCAGGCCCUCCAGGGCCGAUUCUACUCUGGCCGCCCUAUUAUUGCCGAUUUCUCCCCUGUCACUGAUUUCCGGGAGGCUACCUGCCGCCAGUAUGAAGAGAACGACUGCAAUCGUGGAGGUUAUUGUAAUUUCAUGCAUGUAAAAAUGAUUAGCAGGGAACUCAGGAGGAAGCUUUUCGGUAAGUACCAUCGACAUCGGGGUAGCCGCAGCAGAAGCAGGAGUCUGAGCCCGCAUCACCGGAGAGACUAUGACAGGCCUGACCGUCGUGACUACCGUGAUUCCCGGGAACGUGACCGCAGUGGUAGAAGAAGCCACAGGAGGUACGACAGUGAUGGUCCCAGAAGGAGAAGUAGGAGUCCUAUUAGGGAAGGGAGUGAGGAACGCAGAGCUAGAAUUGAACAAUGGAAUCGAGAAAGAGAGGAGAGGCAAAGCUGAUGUUUUUCUGAUUGAUGUCUUCUGUCAUCCAUUUUGGAAUUAAAGCUGCUUUGCGCAUUUUGGUAAUCACUUUAGGUUUUGUUAUGCUUCUUCACAAUACUAGGAUGUUCGAAAAGGAAACUCCGGAAGAGGGUAGAUCUUCUCCCUGUCAUCUAGUGGAUUUAAAAUGGUAUUCUUGUAGCUAUUUUUUUCUUUCUGCAGCUAAUUGUAAGACUGUUUAAUUGUAUUUGUUAAGGAUGCUGAUGUGGUACCCUGCUUAUUGACUUCACCUAUGCUAUGCUAUGCUUGCUUGUUAUUUGAACUAUAUAUAGUAUCAGCUUUUGCA